AUGCCCACGACAGAUCCUGACCGACGGCGCCGGCAAAAUUGUGAGAAUCAGAAAAGAUGGCGACAACGACAGCUCGACAAGCUCCAUGUUCUCGCAGACGAACUGGAACGCACCCAGACUCGUAUGCGCGAAUUGGAACUUGAAUCAUCCAAUCUGCGCAUUCAGCUUCGUGACUCUGAGGCAAAGGCGGAAGCGCUUCAAGCGUCGAACGUCAGACUCGAAGCGCAAGUUCUUGCGUCUGUACAUCCAAGGUCAUCAAUCGGAAGUGAAAUGGACAUGAAUCUAUCCCCAAACCUGGGCUCGAACCAUUUCCCGUCGGCUUCGCCAUCUACAGGCCUGUCUAAUGUGCCUGCCGCCCCAAGCAGCGCUGACGGCACAUAUCAAGCGACAAAAUCUAAACCAGAACUCGGCAAUCCCACAAAUAUCACUCCUGAGCCUUCCGAAGAAGACUGGGCGAGUAUUGUUAUCACUGGAAGUGAAGAGGGCAAUGUAAUCCAGCCACCUCUUUCAAGCGAACAACCCGGCUUCACAUCAAAUCCGAAGAACGUCUCAACCUACGAUCAACAGUUUGAUCCGACCUUCUGGGUCGAUGGCAUUCCACCAGACGACAUAUCCGAGACCUUCACCCUCUCUGCCAAACCCAAUGCUAUAGGAUCAAUUGUCCAGGCAGGACGUCGUGUAGCAGCAGGCCUCAAUUCGAUGCAGAACCCCAAUUUAACGAUUCGGGAUCGAUCACACUACUGGCUUCCUUGGGAUUAUCAGGACGAAAAGUACCAAGAUGAGCGACUGACGAACUCUGAGGAUGCCAGGGCUCGCGCCUCGUACACAAACGACAUCUACUUCAAUUGGCCCAUGUAUUCCAUCCUCGGAGGUGCAAGCUCCAUUUGGCGGAACAUGGUGAACUUCCCCGACACCACACAUAUCUCCCAGCAUAUUCUGGCUGUACAGAAAGUUCUCCACGAUGCUUUCCGUCACCUGCUUACCAAACCCACGGAUGUGCGGGAAAAGGUGGUGGCAGAGGCCUUUUCCUGGCUGAUCGAAUCCGCCUGGCCGUCCAGUGAGAGUUGCUUCAAGAUGAUGACCGUGUACCGUCACAUCUUCAGCUUUGAACUGUUCCGCAUUUUCCCUUGCCCGACUACUUUGGAAAGAAUUCACCCGCUCUACCGACCUACGGAACUUCAAUCCAUGGUUCCUCAUUCCCCCGCCAUCGACUGGCUGCCUUGGCCCGACAUGCGUGAGAAAGCCAUCAAGAUGCAAGACAAGGUCAACGUGGAUCAACUAUGCCAGAUGUGCCUGGAACAUACGAUAGUCGAGCCAGCCACGUAUGGUGCCAGCGGCAGAAAUCAGGCCCUCCCGCCCGGAUCGUCCUUCCGGAUUUGGGACAUGUACCUUCUUGAAAAGGCCGGAGGUGGGAGGAGGUUCUUCAUCCCAAAAUCGUCCAUGACUUAUGAUCCAGCCUCGCAAGACUUGUUGGCCCUGGUCCAGCGACACAGCCUGCCUCUACAAAACAUCGAGCAUCUACGCAUCGAUUCACCAUUUUACGAGUGCUUUCCCGAUUUUAUAAUCGGGGGAUGUGCAUCGAAAUAUCAAACAGUGCCGCUCCCUGUACCGGGUGAAGAGAGGCUGGGAUAUCCGUCAAGGUUCAAGCCCGAGUCACUGUCGAAGCUGCAAGGCCGAGUGAACGCUUUGUUGGAGGAAGGCAAUUUCCAGCCUGAGUUCGGCUGA